AUGUCGAGCCAAGACAAGGUGCCAGUGCCGACUGCCUGGGACACCAUCUUGGCAACCAUAGUCGGAACAGCCUGCCUUGUAUCCUGGCUUUGCUCGGGGCACAACGGGGUCAUCCUGAUCCUGACCCUGUGCAGCAGUGUGUGGCUUCUCACCGACAUGAUCAAGCUUUACAAUGCCUGGGCAGGGAACACGAAGGACCCAGAAGUAGCCGUCUCUAAUGGCCUGACACCCUUGCGUCCCAAAUUGCCCACAAAGUGGUUUGCCCUAUCACUGAUCUUGCAGUCCAGCGGCCUGCUAGCACAGCUUCUCUUCGGAUGGACGGUGCUUGCAGGUUGCAUCCUUUUCUUCUUCUAUGGAGGAUGCGUGCUGGCUCUUCAUUUGUUCUAUUACAGUGGAACUGUCAUGGAGAAUAGCUCGACUACAUUGCCGACAUUAGCUAUGGCUGUGCUUGUCCUGUUCUUUGUGCUAAGCGGGAGUGGCACAACCUACGGCUACAUGGAUUUGGGCAAAUGGGGUGGCCUCUUUUGGGUGCUCUUGUCUGGCAUUGCAGGCAUAAUUUGCGGCUACUUCUUCUUGGAUUUUCUGGGUGUCAAGAAAGGUGAUGAAAGCACUCCUUUGAUGUGCUAG